AUGGGUUUGAUAGAAAAUGUAGUCCCCUUUCGUAAGGAAGAGGAUUACCAAAAGAUCUCGACAAAACUAUUCUUUAUAUGUGUAUCUUUCAUCUUUUUUGUAACUGUGUACCUUCUAUCCGCCAUCUUCGGCUCUUGGACAAAAACCUAUAAUAACCUGAAGCAAAAGGAAAAGAUCUUUUGGAAUCUUGCUGUAGUGCGUGGAAUAUAUGGAAUUUUUUGUACUACCAUAGGAUUAUGGGCUAUAUUCUUCGACACAGAACUUGUGAAAGAUCCGGUUUUUUCUACUACUCCGACCAGCUAUUUUGCAUUAGCUACCAGUCUGGGAUUUUUUGUGUUUGAAUGUGGAACUUUACUCAUAUCAGACCUUGUUUACAAAAAAGCCAGCAUCAUGUUAAAUAUACAUCACUGGUUGGCUUUAGUUGGUUUUUUCUUGGUAAUGUACUUGGAAAGCACCCAUUAUUUUGCUACAAGAGGUCUCCUGUUGGAGAUGAGUACGCCUUUUUCUGCCAUCUGUUGGACACUCCUAAAGGCUGGAAAGGCGCACACGUUCCUAUGGAAGGCAAACCAAUUCAUUUUGGUACACACCUUCCAUUUACGAUCUGUAGUAGAAUGCUACAUAUGGUAUUUGUCCUAUCAACACUGGGAACGAGUCUGGUCCGCCAUGCCUACCGCCAUGUUUCUAUCCCUUUACACUCAGCUGGUUCUUGUCACGUUCCUCAUGACGCCAUAUUGGACUUACAAGAAGACACAGCAGAUGAUUGUCCCUGUUGACUGGAACUUCGAAGAUUCGGAAAAACACAAGGAAAUGAAUGGUUCAGCCACCAAGAAAACUCUAUGA